GCGGCCAGAGCCUCAAGCACGGCCGGGGAUGGCGCCCACUCGGAGCUUGUGUCUGUGACCGUCUCCCUCCUCUCUGCUCGUCCCACCCACCCCCAUAUAUCAGGCUCCCCUGUCAACCCCCCUCUUCGCUACCUGUCAUGUUGCGCGAGGGGCCACCGCCUUAGUCUCAUGUCUGUUCUCCCAGCCCUUUUCUUUGACAUACCUCGCCCCUACUGCUCCCCCUUCCUGUCUCGUAAGCUCCGAGCGGGAUCGUCAACCACCUCAACUCUUUUUGCCCCCCGUUGCCCUAGACGCGCACCCUCCAUAUAUGUCGCCACGAUGGCCACCGCGCUUGGAACCCCAGGGGCCCUCCGCGCAGGCAUGUUCAGGAUCAAUGAAGAGAUGAUAGCCGCUCUCGAGACGGCCGAUGAGCUGCCCUCGCUUGAGAUCCAUCAUUUGUGGGCGAAAUGCUCCCUGUGCCAACAUAAUUUCCAGGACCCGGACAGCCGACGCGCCGAGAACUUCUGGUGGCAUGUAUGGGGCAGCAACAGGAGGAAGCUUCCUCCCCGCACGCUCGCCAGGGUGCUCAACGAGAUCCGCGAUAGCCCAACGGUCGUCCCGCCUCCGAAACUGACGGGCCUUCUGCAAGGCGCAGAGGAUGAGAGAAAAGGAGCUGAUGGGGCCGCCCCCGCCGCGGGCGAGGAGCAUAUAUCGCCGCUGCUGUCCCCGAAAACGUCGUCCCUGGGCUCCUUCUCGUUCGCAACGUCGUGCUCAUCGUCCCCGAGCGCCAUCGUGGCCGCGCACGGCCCGGGAACAUCCGACAAGGGGAAGCGACCGUUCCGGGUCGGCGGCUCCCUCUCUCCCUCCGCCGGCAAGUCAAGCCCCCGACAGUCCCUCCUGGAGAAGAUGGCUGGCGCCCAUGCGCCCGUUUCUCAUCGCCACCACAUGCCGGCCUUCAGCUUCUCGCCGGAUGACCUGCCCGAGAAGGUCAUCUUUGAGGACGACGAUGAGGACGUGAGUGAGCCUCCACGUUCGCUCAUAAUUCAGGCUCCCGCCUUUCGUCUUGACGCCUCAUCGUGUGCCCAAGAGGUGCCCAGGGGGCAGCGGGAGCAUCCCAGGGCGAUUGUCCCGUCGGAUGCGAGAUAUCAGUAUAAUGAGCUCCGCGCGGCGCCCAGCGAUCCCGGCCCCGCGACUAGCAAGGUGAUAACGGACCCUCGGCACGCUUUGAGCGCCGGCAACACGGGGCCUCUUGAAUUCUUCCAGCCGACGGCCGUUCCGCCCCCAAAUGGCCUCUUGCAAAGAAGAACCUCGACCUUUGACGGGGCCAACCGGUCGGGGGUGGGAAUUGCCGUUUCCCGUGACUGCCGAGCCAGCCACGUUGGCUGCUCCUCAGAAUAG